UACUAUCGUAGCCAUUGGUCGGUUACAAUUCAUCGACCGUAGAAAGCGCGAAGACUCAAUUGACAAUUGUCACUGCUUAUCUUCUCUUACUUCAGUCUGUUUUCAUUGAUUUCUGAAACAAAAUAUAAACACAACUCGCUACCAUUUUCUUCCUCUUUGUUUCUCUGACUUCUGUAUUUAUACACUUCUUACAACCAUAAUUUCUGAACUUAAAUUAACCUCAAAAACCCUAGAAAUUGACUUGUCAUCUGCUUUAUGCUUCGAGAAUGUGCGUUGACGAGAAAACUUACAAAAAUCUCAUAAUCUUGAUAAUGAAGUUUCUGGAGGAAGAGAAUUGCAAAGCAAGUCUUCAAGCAUUGGAGCGAGAGUCAAAGAUUUUCUUCAACAUGAAUUAUUUUGGGGAAACAAUUAUCAAUGGUGACUGGGAGAAGGCAGAGAAGUAUCUUUCAGCAUUCACAAAGCCGGAUGAUAAUUCGUUCUCAAGGAGGUUGUUCUUUGAGUUGCAAAAGCAGAAAUAUUGCGAAGCCUUGCUCAGAAAUGAUUGUACUGAGGCUGUUAACAUUUUUCAGAAGGAUUUGGAAGAGCUUUCUGCUUAUGAAAAUGCAAUCUCUGGUGAAUUAGCUGAGCUUUUUGCUUUGAAGGAUUUAAGGGAAAAUAAACAGUUAUCCCAGUAUACUAAUACCACAACUUCAAGAGCCAAAUUGCAUGAUGAUCUCACAGUAUUGGUCAAGAGAAAUCCCAUUUUGCUAAAUAAACUUAUGUUUCCUAGGCUUAACAAAUCAGCAUUCUUGUCACUUCUCAAUAUCGUUUGUAGCAGUUUUGAAAGGAAAACAAGAAGUGUAAAGGAAGAACUUGUUUACUUGAUACUUCAGUUUCUUGAUGAAGAAGGAUUCGAGGAGACACUUCAUAAAUUGGAGCAAGAAACAAAGAUCUUCUUCAAUAUGAAUUAUUUUAGGGAGUAUAUGAUAAGUGCUGAGUGGGAUAAGGCAGAGGAAUACCUCUCAGCAUUCACCAAGAUGGAUGAUAAUAAAUAUUCAAUGAAAAUGUUCUCUGAGAUGCGAAAGCAGAAUCACCUUGAAGUUGUAGGCAGGAAGAAUAAGCUUAUGUCUGAGUAUGCUGUAAGGACUUGUAUAUUUGACGCUCUCGAAGUGCUAAUCAAGGAAAACCCAAUUUUGCAAGACAAAUUGAAGUUUCCCAGCAUGGAUAAAUCACGACUCUUAAAAUUAGUUAGGCAGCUUAUGGACUGGUGGGUUCCUUAUUGUGUCAAUUCAAAGCCUAAUGCUAAUAAUGACAUCAUCCCUCUUGAAGAUUUUCCCACUGUACCAUACCUUUUACAUGCUCCAUCCUUUGUUACUAAUGAUUCAAGUCCAGAAGGGAUAUCAGGACCAAGUAGUGAUGGAUCUAAUGAUAGCAGCUGCUGCACUGAUGUAAACCAGUCUAGAGAGAGCUCCCGUUUAGCUGAUGCAAAUUCUCUAGUUGGCUUGAAACCAAUAGAAAAAUCUGUUAUUUGGAAGCUGCAACAGAUCAAUGAACCGUCUGAAUGCCGCACAUUCAUGCUCCCUGAUAAUUCUGUGGAAGGAAAGGUGGUCCAGUUGAUCUAUUCAUAUACUGGGGAUUUCGUGUUGGCAUUAGCGCAGAAUGCUACACACAAACUCUGGACAUGGCGGAGUGAUAAAUGCUUCUCGGGGAAGGCGAUUGCUAAUGUGGAACCACAUUUAUAUCAACCUCCAAGUGAAUUAAUAAUGAUCAAUGAGAUAGGUGCACACUCCAAAAAUGCUGUUUCAUGCUUUGCGCUGAAAGGGUCUUAUCUUUUCUCUGCAUCAGGCGGGAAAAUUUCCAUAUUCAGUUUGGAGACAUUUGAGACUUUGACAACAUUUGCAAACCCACCACCCACAGCCACAUAUUUUAUCUUCCUUCCUCAAGAUCUCUUUGCUAUUGGCUUAGAUGACUCUUCAAUCCUAAUUCACUGUCCCUACACCAAAAUGACAAAAGCCAAGCUCGAAGGCCAUCAAAAUCGAAUAACGUGCCUUGAAUUUUCCUACAAAUUGAAUGUGCUUGUUUCCUCAGGAGCUGAUGCCCAGGUAACUUAUACAAGUUUGUUUGCACAUGUCAACCGAAGUCGUUCCCUACUGUUUGGGUUAUGUGUAUGGGAUGUAAAUGGAUGGAAGAAGCUAUGCAGUAAGCUUUUGCAGAACCUUCAUGUUGGACUAGUGCCAGAAACCCCUGUUGUGAAUCACAUUCAGUUUCAUCCAGAUCAGGUUCAUCUACUUGCUGUUCACGAAAGGCAGAUAGAUGUGUACAAAGCACCCACAUUGGAUCACAUGGUGCAGUUGGUGCCUAAAGAAGUUGAUCUUCCAAUCACAUUUGCUACAUAUUCUAGCGAUGGAAAGGCAAUAUAUGUUAGCUGCAAAAGCGGAUGCGUAAAAGUUUUUGCUACUAAAACACUUGAGCUAAGGUGUCAGAUUAAUCUCACUGCUUAUGCACAACUUAGUUCAACCAGUUUGGAGCUCUAUCCUCUUGUUGUUGCAGCUCAUCCAUCUGAACCCAAUCAAAUUGCAGUGGGGCUUACAAAUGGUAGAGUGCAUAUUCUUGAGCCUCUACAAUCAGAAGUAGAAUGGGGAAUGCUGCCUCCUGACAGGUAGCUAGGUGUUUAGCUCUAUAUUUGGUUCAGAUACCACGACUAACUGUCAAUAGCAGGUUUUUUAUGCUUUUGACUACUUGCAUAGCCUUAUGAAAGUGAAGUAUUGUUUUAGCAGAAAACUAUACCUUGUUAUAGCAAGUGUACUCAGCAAACGUCUUUUGCUCUUCAGUUGUAAUUUUAAAUGCUCCAUAUGGAAAAAUAUACAUUAUUUGUCCAGAGUUCAGUUUUUCCUCUAA